UCUGUAGCCAGUACCGUCGGCACCGCGUAACAUAAUGUACUAUAUAUUUGUGUUACCACUGCUUAUCCUAUCGCUAUGGGUGUACUCAAAAUGGCUUUCCAUGAAGGGCUAUUGGAAGAAGCUUGGAGUCCCACACGAACCGGUCCAUCCCUUAUUCGGCAGCAUGACGUUUUUGCAAAAGAAGAAUCCGGGUACAUGGAUGAUUGAACUCCAGCAGAAAUACAGGUCAUCUCCGUACGUGGGCAUCUGGGUAUUCUGGCGCCGUGGUCUGGUCAUUAAUGACCCUGAGCUCGCGCGAAAGAUCCUCGUCAAGGAUGCUGAUAUCUUCAGGAACAGAAUGCUUGCUUCUGGAAAGUCUGACCCGAUGGGUGCCCUUAAUUUAUUUACUGUUGAUGAUCCAUUAUGGACAUCGAUCCGUAGACGCUUGACGUCAGUCUUCACUGGUUCCAAGCUGCGAGGCUGGCAGGAGUUAUACCAGGCCAAGGUAGAAGACCUGAUCUACAGGAUCAACUCUGACAAUGAAAAGGGCAUCGUCAUUGAGUUGAGGCCACUAUUCGCUGAUUACGCAACAGACAUCAUUGGAGAAUCAUCAUUUGGUAUCCAGUGCCAAUCGACGAGGGACUCAACUGGUCCACUUCGACUGAUGACCAAGGAGUUUGAGAAGUACAACCACUGGAGAGGCAUGGCCUGGUCUUCAAUAUUCUUUUUACCAGAAAUGGUUGAUAUAUUCAGGUUUUCAUUCUGGCCAAAGAAUACAGUAGCAUACUUUAGAAAAGUCUUCAAAGCAAUGGUUGAGGAACGAGGAGGGUUUGAGAAAGACAUAGACGGGAAGAGGGACUUGCUUGAUGCUCUGCUGAAGAUGAAGAUUGAUGCUAAAAAGGAAAACCAAGACAUGGACUUGGACAUUUUGAUCUCAAACGCAAUGAUCUUCCUCCAAGGAGGGUACGACACCUCCUCCUCUACCCUCACAUACACAGUUUAUGAACUUGCCUACAAUCCUAAAUACCAGAAAAUAUUAUACGAUGAACUCGUGGAAGCUGAGAAGGCUCUGAAUGGCAAACGGUUUGACGCAGAAAGUCUCGCUAAGCUGCCGUACUUGGAUGCUGUUAUCAAAGAAUCCCUGCGAAAAUACGCUAUCAUGGGCUGGUUAGACCGCAAAGCCUUAAGAGACUACCAGGUCGACGAGAACCUGACCAUACCGGCAAACACGGUGGUCUACGUCAACGCCAUUGGAAUGCACUGGGACUCCAAGUACUUCCCCAACCCUGAGGAGUUCAGACCAGAAAGGUUUCUGCCUGAAAACGCGAAUAAUAUCGUACCUUAUUCUUACUUACCUUUCGGGGAAGGACCAAGGAUGUGCAUUGGUAAACGUAUUGGCAUGAACACAGUUAGGUACGCGCUGGCGGCCGUCGUAUUAAACUUUGAAAUAUUUCCAAUGGACAAGUUCCCACUACCAAACGAUAUACCAAUAGAGAAGAAAGGACUCUUCUACCUUCCUGCUGUGCCACUCUCUGUAGAAUUUAGAAGAAGGAAAUAGAAUUAGUAAGAGUUAAGGACGAGGCGAGAACACUGCGGAACGCAUUGCAAACACAAGGAAAGAAUAAUAGCAUAAUGCAAUGUCUCAAUGCAAAACUGUCAUUUGAAAUCACCCUUUUUGAGCUUUAUAGCAUUAAGUGCAGAGAAGAAACAGUGUAUGGGUUUGAUGUUGACUUUUGUCAAACUUUUUGACGCCACGUCCUCACAUGAAUCCGGCGUGACACAACCAUAGUGA